GUGCAUGCACACUCACUGUAACUGUGAAGUGUCUCCUGCUCACUGGAGCCAAUCUGGGUUCUGAGCACGAGGUGAGAGAAAAGGACAACACCAUGACCAACUUCGAGACCAACCUGAGGGUGAAGCUGCCCGCUACCUGCAUCAUACUGGAGAUGAUCAUCAUCAUCCUCUUUGCCACGCUGGUGGAGUAUGACGACCAGACGAAUGCCAAGUACUGGCACAAGGAAAUGGCCGAACACAACUUGUCCAACUAUGAUAAUGAGUUCUACUUCCGCUACCCGAGCUUCCAGGACGUGCAUGUGAUGAUCUUCAUCGGCUUCGGCUUCCUGAUGACGUUCCUGCAGCGCUACGGCUUCAGCAGCGUGGGCUUCAACUUCCUGAUCGCGGCCUUCGCCCUGCAGUGGGCCACCCUCAUGCAGGGCUUCUUCCACGGCAUGCACGGGGGCAAAAUCCACAUCGGGGUGGAGAGCAUGAUCAACGCUGACUUCUGCACGGGUUCAGUUCUCAUUUCCUUUGGUGCUGUGCUGGGGAAGACCAGCCCGGUCCAACUGUUGCUGAUGGCUGUGAUUGAAGUGACUCUGUUUGCUGUCAAUGAGUUCAUCAUCCUAUCUCUCCUGGAGGCCAGGGACGCGGGCGGCUCCAUGACGAUCCACACUUUCGGGGCCUACUUUGGGCUGGUGGUGGCCCGAGUGCUUUACCGCCCACACCUGGACAAGAGCAAAGACAAGAACGGCUCUGUCUACCACUCUGACCUCUUUGCCAUGAUUGGCACAAUCUACCUGUGGAUGUUCUGGCCCAGCUUCAACUCGGCUAUCACUGCACAUGGGGAUGACCAGCACCGCACUGCCAUGAACACCUACUACUCCCUGGCUGCCUGUACACUGGCCACGUAUGGCUUCUCCGCUCUGGUCAGCCAUGAGGGCAAACUGGACAUGGUGCACAUUCAGAAUGCCGCUCUGGCAGGAGGCGUGGCUGUGGGCACGGCUGGAGAAAUGAUGCUGACACCCUUCGGCUCCAUGAUUGUAGGCUUCCUGGCUGGUACCAUCUCCAUCCUGGGCUACAAGUACCUCACGCCUUUUCUGGAGGAAAAGCUGCGUAUUCAGGACACUUGUGGGGUCCAUAACCUGCAUGGCAUGCCAGGGGUCCUGGGGGCCAUUGUGGGGGCCGUCACUGCUGCUACGGCCACAAAGGAAAUCUAUGGAGAAGGGAUGGAAGACGUGUUCCCAAAUAUCCACUCAGGAGAGAUCACUGCUUCCUACCAGGGUGUGCGCCAGGCUCUCUCCCUGGCUGUAACGCUGGCCAUCGCCCUCCUGGGGGGUCUGAUUGCGGGUUUCAUUCUGAAGCUGCCCAUCUAUGGUGCUCCACCAGACACCAUCUGCUUUGAGGACGGAAUCUACUGGGAGGUGCCAGGUGAGGAGGCCUCCCAUGAAGAGAUGACCACAGUGCCCGUGGAAGAUGUGGAGAAACCCCUUAAUGGCUGAGCUUCCUGUCCAGGCGGAAGCAGACACUAAUGUGGCUUGUGCGCAUACACUUUGACAUGGAUCACGUACCCAUAUACAGACCGACACGCUCACAUGCACAUACACACACACACACAUACACACAUAAAUACACACGCACACAAACAUGUACACAUACACAUUUACACGUAUUCAUACACAGGUUUAUAUGUCAGUUUGUUUUUAAAUCCUGAAAUCCUCCCCCAUGCAUGAAAGUGGCCUUUCCUGAUAUGGUCAGCGUACCAGCCCCACCACUCCAGGGCCUACAUGGUAAUCUCAUGUAGGUUAUCGUACUGAUGUAGGUUCACAUUUUGACUGUUAAGGUGAAUAUGCGGAGCACAUGUACAUGCAAGCAGAAGCAUUUAACUCAGAGACACAGAAAAGGAAACAAUCACCUCAUUCCUCUGUCCUUUUUUAGCAGAGUGUCAGCCUGGUUGUAUGGAACAUUAAUCUAUCUGAACAGUUAAACAAAAAACUGUCAUCUGUGGGCUACAGUCUAUUUGAUGUCCUCUCUGUGCCUGUUCAUUCAAUUAGGUACUAGAUUGUAUUCAGAAUUUCUCUUUUAAUAUCCUGUAUUCCUUGAAAGGAAAUGUGCAACAUGGACCUUACACAUGGGUGUUUAGGAGACAAUGCUAUUCCAUUCGAAUUCACAGUUUGUCCUUUUUUGGAUGUUACAUGAAUCACUUGAUUUUUUAAAUGUUUUUUUAGAAAAAUUGUGUUUUUUAAAAAAUUGAUAAACACAGUUAAACUUGGAUAAUACCCCACUGUUCCUGUAUAGGUAGGAAUUGUAGAUGUAAGUGCCUUUGCACCUGAUUUAUUAAGACAGAGCUGCCCAACCAUUUUCCUGGAGAUCUGCUGUCUUGUAAGUUAUCACUUCAGCCAUACCAAAGCACAACUAAGUCAAGAGACAUCUUGUUUGGCUACUAAUUAGGAAAAUCAGCUGUGCCAAAUUAGGGUUGGAAUGAAAACCUACAUGAUGAUAUAUCCAGGAACAGGGUUGGCAGCCCUUUGCUAAAACCUUUAAGCACAUGCAAAACCCAUAACAUAACCAAUGACCAUGGUCAUGGUAUUUGUUUAGCAUCAGUCAUGGGUUGUGUUAUUGCUUUCGCGUGUGCUAAAACGUUUUCUUACUAAAAUCAGGCCCUUUGUUUCUUACAUGUCCUUCACGUCAACUCCCAACUAAAGUCGCCACAUAAAUUGUUGACAGCAGCCAAUAUAAACUUCGCCUCCUACGUUUUCGUAUUUAUCGCCACAAGAUGGCAACCAAGAGCCGUAUUUUAAACUGGCGGAAACGACAAAUGAGCACGUAGACAAAAUUGCCCAUUUUAUGUAUAUAUACAUUAUUUUUUUAAUUCUUUGCUAUAGGGAUGCUUGGACGGCUUGAUUUUUCUGGCGGUAGUUCAAGUGUUACAAUGCAGAGUGUAUAUUGACGUUAGAAACAUUAUUUGUCAGAAAUAUCCAACUGCUUGGACACACUGCUAUGUGUUUAUUUUUUAGAACCAAAGAUUUUAAUCUUUUUUUCAGUGGAACAACAUGAGUCUAGGUUAUAUAGUCUGAGUAUAUAUUCUUAUUGUAUAGCUACACAAUUUAAAAGAAUACUAGAUAGAAUAAUUCAUUUUUAAGUAUUGAAAUUCCACAUGGCCAAAACAGUUACUUGAGUAAAACAGAUUAGUUAUUUUCGGUUGUUUCCUGUACCUCUGCUGUGGUUUUUUAACAUUAUCACUUGUCAAUGCCAACCCUUAAUUGCUUGCGACGUGAGUGUAAACAAAUCCCUGUGAAUUCAAAUUUAUUAUUUGAAAAUAAAGAGCAUGUUUUUUUUCCAGAA